CCCAAUCAGAAUUUUCGGAGAAAGCUCACAUGUCUGUACGAAAAUCCUAACCCUAAAAUCAGAAUAAUCUUGGUUGAAAUUUGUAGGGUUUUCAUUUAAUCUCGUUGUGGCUUUCCUGCACACAAGCUCUCAGACCCAGACCAGACUGUUCUGAAAUCGAUGGAUCUGGAGGUUGUGGGCCGCCACGCCUUGUUCUUCGACGAUGAUGCGAACGCCGCUUUCGUCAACUCUAGGGAUGCUCUUGUCGAGUGGAACUCUCUUUUUAUAGAUCGAUACGACGUCCGCCACUUCCUCUCUGCUCCCCCGCCACCGCGCAACCACCGCCGCCAAGUACUUGAACCGGACCUCGAUCACGAACGAUACCUUGAUUUGCCUUCACUUUCUGAUGAACAAGAACAAGGUGUAUCUAAAGAUGAAGAAGCAGUCGUUGACAGUGGCUAUCGUGCUGUUGCCUUCAGUUACGGAAAUUUUGAUGGAGCAGCUGAGCAGAAAGACACUGAAGUUGAAUCUAUAUUUCACCCACCAUUUCCUGUGCCAGAAAGCUUGAUUCGAAACCUACCUCCAUCAGAAAAGGUACAUCAAAUCAUUGCAAGAACUGCUACAUUUGUCAGCCAGCAUGGUGGGCAAUCAGAAAUUGUUUUGAGAGUAAAACAAGGAGACAACCCAACAUUUGGGUUCUUGAUGCCUGAUCAUUCUCUUCAUGCGUACUUUAGAUUCCUUGUCGAUCAUCAAGAACUACUAAAGUCUGAUGUUGAUGGAAAGCAACUAGAAGAAGAGAAGAAGGGUGAUACAAGACGUGAUCAGACUGGUGGUGCACUAUCUUUGCUUGGUUCAAUUUAUGGGUCUGGAGAGGAAGAGGAUGACACAACUGAGGAUGCACCUGAAGCAAAUACAAAUAGGUCUAAUGAAAUGGUUGAUGGUGUUAGUACUAGUGUUUCACACAGAUCGGAACACACUGAAUCUACAGUAAAUGUAAUGGUGAAAAGUGAUGUUUCCAACAAUAAAUCUUCUUUAAAAGAAAAGGUCCAUGUAAUAAAACGAAAUCAAAGCAUUAAUAAUAAUGUCAAAAGUCGAACUACGUCAUUGCUAAAAAAGGAUGGAGUUGGCUUGGGGUCAAUUUGUGCUGCUACCAGUAAGUCACAGGCAUUUGCAGGGCCUAGCAUACCAAAAGUUGAAAGACCUAUAUUGGAGCCUCCAUCUGAUUUAAAAAGAACAGUUGACAAGAUAGUUGAGUUUAUCUUAAAAAAUGGCAAGAAAUUUGAAGCUAUACUUGCUGAACAGGAUCAACCAUAUAGAAGAUUCGAAUUUCUUCUGCCUACUAAUCAGUAUCAUCCUUACUAUUUAAAGGUUCUUCAAAAGAAUCAGGAGUCUGGCAUACCUGGCAAAGGCUGUGUCUCUGAAAAGCAUGGAUCCAUGGCGCAUGGAAUGGAGAAAAGAAGUGCUAAAUGUGGAGAAGGUAAUGCAAAUUCUUCGGGAUUUGCUGAUAAUGACAUACCUUGUGACUACGAUAAGGAGAAAUUCCGAAUGAUAAUUGGAAAAUCCAAGAAGGAUGUACUAGAUCCACCUCCUAAUGUGAACCAGCCCCAAGGUGAAGUCACUAUAGAUGCAGAUGUUACUGCAGCUAUACUUAGGGCUGCCACCAGGGGCAUCAAGAAUCCAAAUCUUGAGCUGUUCCCAAAGCUUUCAUGGGGCAGUAUUGGUGAAGACCCCAGUGAUGAGUCUGGACAGUCCUUAAGCUUUGGGAGUCUCCACACAUCUCAACCUCAAAGUUCAGUCCAAAAGCAAAAUGCAGUUGGGCAGCCUAGCGUUGCUUCCCCUGUAGCAACGGUUAGAGCAGAGACGGCUGCUCGUGCAGCUGCUAGUGAGGCUGAUUCCUCUGAAGCAUCCUUGACUAAAGAAGAAAAGCUGAAGGCUGAGAGAUUGAAACGUGCUAAAACGUUUGCUGCCAUGAUAAAAAGUGGAGCUGCACCUUUGAAACCGAAGCCAUUGCAUAGUUCAUCAUUUGAACCACCUGGUUCUGGGAUUUCCUCCUCUGGCAAUGAGGUUCCAAUUUCAUUAGGGAAAGAAAGGGAGGGUAGUUCGGUUCCAAUGGAUGUUGAUGCCUUGGGCUAUAUUGAUAAAUCUGAGAAGAAAAUUAUUGUUGACGAACGCAACGAACAAAGAUCAAAGAGGAGCUACCGGUCGAAAUCUAAAAGACAUGAAGGAGAUGAAGAAGAGAGUGUUGAGGAGGAGGAAGAAGAUGAUAAAAUAGAUCAUAAGCAUUCAAGGAAGAAGCACCGUUCUUAUAAAUCAUCACGCCACAGUGAAGACAAGCAUAGGCACAGGAAACGACAUUCCUCGUCCAAAGACAGAGAAUCUCAACACAGUCGUAAGUGUGGCAUAGACGAUGAUCGGUGUUCUCGGUAUCGACGAAAACACAAUAGCCCCUCAGAUAGUGGGGAACAUAGAUCCUCAAGAAGGCAGCAUAAACAUCAUAUCUCAUCUGACGAUGAACAUCGACUUACUAGACACAGACACAAGUGUGGUGGUUCAUCUGAAGAUGAGUAUGAGCAGAGGACUGAACAUGGACACAAAAAUGGUGGUUCCCCUGACAACAAGGGUCGUCACAGGAGCAAAACCACUAAACAUAGGAAACAUAGGUCUGAAAGAGAACCCGAGUUGGAAGAAGGGGAGAUCUGUGCUAAGUCAGAUCAAUCAAAAGCAAAUGAAAGUGACCGAGUGAGUAGGGAAACUUCUAUAGAUUUGUUAAAAUCAUACCAACAAGAGAGUGCCCCAUCACAGCCCUCUGAAUCCACGGAGGUCUCUGAUGAGUUUAGAGCCAAAAUCCGUGCCAUGUUGAUGGCAACCAUGUAGUGGGUGGAAUUUGUUUUCUAUAUAUUAUUGUAUUUUAACAAGUUUAUAACUGUCAUUACUAUUCAUUUUUAUCUUUUUUCUUGUUCUGAAGAAAGAUUUAUUUCUUUUAUUAGUAAUGAGCUCAAGUGAUGUUUCCUUUUCUGUU